CGGCGGGCGGGGCAGGGCUGUGGCGACGCGCCCGCGUCCCGCCGCCCGCCUGGCCACUGGGUCCUGUGUCGCCCCGCAGGUCGUGAGCCGCCCCGCACGCCGCCCGGAAGGCCGCAGGGCGGAGUGCCGGGGUGAAGACGGGUGUGGAAAUAACAAUGAGAGUCGUGUGUGCACACCCUCGCGGCCGCGGGCGGCAGAGUGGUCCAGGGCUAUCAGUGUGGGAACAGAGGAGUCAGGGAGAGCAGAGUCCUCCAUUAAGAGGUCCAUGUAUAUUCACCAGUCUUUCAGGGUCGAGGGGAGGAAAACCUCCCUGCUAGGAGGCUCAUGUAUGUUCACCUAUCAUUUACCGUCCUCAAGGGGGGCUGUAGGUAAGAGUAGCAUUGGUUUAGCUGUAGUGAGCCGCGGGUGUUGGCUGCUGUAAGACACACUGGGUCACUCUGCUGCCCUUGGUAGUAUGGGUUUCUACAUACAUUUCAUGGCUAGUUUUACACUUGUUUUGAUCUCUGCUUGCUAUCCAGUAAUUUUCUGGGAGGGGUGAAGCCUGAAGACUCUCGACAGACGACCUGCCACUGAUCAGACCCCCGAGGCACCACAUGCUGGCACACAUGACUGGUGGCUUGGUGCACCUCUACGAUGCCGUCAAGGUCACCAAGAAGGAAGGGGUGGAGGAGUACAUGAUGCCCUAUCAUGAGGGGGAACAGUGCAAAGAGGACAUUCGCAUUGAUGCAGAAAAGGCCGCAAAGGAAGUGGAGAAUGGACACGUUAGCAAUGGUGAAUGUGAGAAUGGACAGGAGGAGGAGGACAUGGAGAAACACGAGAAGGAUGGAGAGGGGGAGAAGAAGGAGGAGGGGGAAGACAAGGAGAUGAAAGUGAAUGAGAAUGGGGAGGAGGAGAAGGAGGACCAGGAAAUGGAGAAGAAAGUGGAUGAGAAUGAGAAGAAGGAGGAAAAGAAGGAGGAGGAGGAGGAGAAGAACGAGAUGGAUGCGGAGAUGAAGGAGGAGGGGGAAGAGACAGAGAAGAAGGAGGAGGAGGAGGAAGGAGCCAGUAAGGAAGAAAAAGAAGAAGCCACAGCAACAGACACAGCCACAGAAGGGAAAACAGAGAAACAGGAGAAGGAAAGCGAUGGAGAGGAAAACAGCGAGGACAAAAAGGAGGAGAACAGCCAGAACGAGAAGAAGGACGACGAAGGAGGAGGGAAGGAGGACAAGGCGAAGAGUGAGGCCGACGACGACGAGGAGGAAGAGGAGGAAGAAGGUAAGGAAGAGACCCAUUCAGUCCAGAGUCUUCCUAACCAUGAUGAUGAUGAUGAGGAGGAGGAGGAUGACGAUGAUGACUUCUCGGAUGUGGAAGAGACGACGCCCCACACAGACGAGGAAGGAGAGUUUUCCCCGGAGAAGGACAUGCUCCUCGCCGCGAGAUACAAGUGCACUCAGGUCUUAGCCAGAGGACAGUCGGCGAUCAUCAUUAAGGUUUUGGACACCUUCCACAAAGACCGGCCGCUGGCGAUCAAAGUCCUGCACCGCGUCUACAAGCCCAUAGGGUCCCAGGAGGCUGACAUCCUUCUGGAGCUGCACCGUGCCGACCCCUGGCUACACGUCCCCUUCGCGAGGCUCCUGAACCAGUUUCUCUACGGGCCGCACUACUGCCUGGUGUUUGAGUACCUGAGCCCCACACCGCUGUACACCCACUAUGACCGGAGGGAGAUCCGCGAGGCCGCUGCGCUGCCCCACAUCCGUGACCUCACCGUCAAGCUGCUCACUGUGCUCGGCUUCCUCUACAAGCAGAAUGUUAUACAUGCUGAUUUGAAGCCCGAGAAUAUACUAUUAAGAAGUGAGGAAGACUUGGCCUCUCUAAUGGUGGUGGACUUCGGCAACGCGCUCAGGAACACCGAUGAAGAGCUCUCCCUCUACUACUCCGACUUUGAACUGCAGACGCUCCUCUACAGGGCUCCGGAAGUCAUAUUUGGCAUGAAGUUCAGUCUGGAGGUGGACAUGUGGAGUCUGGGGUGCCUUCUGGCCGAGUGUUACCUGGGCGAGCCACUCUUCAUGGGCAAGUCAAAGAAGGAGAUACUUAGUAAGAUCACCACCCUCAUAGGACCAUUUCCCCGCGAGUUCAAUGACGGGGAGUACGCGGAAGAGUUCGCAGAGUUCAUAGGCCGGCCGAUGUCUCGGUACCAGCGACUCGAGAACUUACGGAAGAGGUUAAACGACUGCAAGGACUCCAUGUUCCUGAUGCUGGUAGAGAGGCUCCUCACAUACUUACCAGACCGUCGGUUCACCCCUUUCGAAGCAGCGUGUCACCCGUUCGUGGCGUGCUCAACCCCCUUCUUGUACCUCACACCCUCACCAGGGUACAUCCGAUACCCCACAGUAUUGCUGGACAUGUCUACAUACCCCUACCUGCCGGGGCUACCAGACGACGAUGACGAGGACUCCGCCUCUGCCCAUGGACGGAAGCGGCUGGCACUCUUCUCCCGGCACAAGCGACUCCCCUCCUCCAGUUCUGGGGGGCAAAAGCAGGGACAGUGUGUGAACCAUAAGGAUAAGGACAAGGACGGCAAGGACGCAGCUGGAGGGAAGACGGCCACGCGCUCGGACGUCAAAGAAACCCUAAAGUCAAUGGGGCUGCGUUGUGAGGACUUCACCAUCAGUGUGUACUCGAGGGAACAAGCGCACGCCAUCCUGAAGCGGCAGGGAGUGGAGGUGACCCCGAACAACCUCCAGGCUCGGGAAAAACUGGCACUUCUCGGGAACAAAGGGAUCAAGACCGUCAAGGCGUCUGACAUGCCGAAGCUUAACUACGUGAGAGCGAGCAACACACGCAGCGUCGCCACACACUUCGGCCCGGAUGAGGAGGAUGAGGAUGAGGAUGACGACUGUGUUAUUCUCGACCCUCCGGACAUGCCCAAACCAAUCCCGAAACUUCCCCAACAGUUCCAGCUGAUGGGAACGACGGUACAGGUCAACCGAGGGGCCAAGCGACCAAGCAGACCAAUGCCCAACCAACCCCAGGCUAAGAGGUCCAACGCCAGGCCCAUGAUGUACUACCGGAACGACCACGAGCAGGACAUGGGCCCGGAGGUGUCGGUGCAGGACACGUUGAAGAGGCUAAAGAAUUACAACAUAUCUAUCACAUGUCGGCGCAACGCUUCGGGCAUGCGGCCUCACGGGGGGAUGAUGGACAGCGAGUCAGACAUGGAAAAUGACAACAUGGACUCUGACGAUGAUGGGGAGGACAUGACAAAGUACCUCGAGUGUCAGAUUGGGGAGAUUGAGGACGUCCCUGAGGAGGAGAUCUUCGACGACGACUUUGACAUUGACUGUGAUGAUAAGGAUGACGUCGACUACACACCCCGCGGGAAGAAGAGAAAACCCGGCAAGAAGAGUCCAAAGAAGGGGGGGAAGAGGUCCAGCAGCGCCGCCUCCACCACGCCAAGCAAAGACAAGACCAAUGACGACUCCAGCACAAGUGAUGUCACCGCCCUUGUCCCGAACGUCGAGAUGGCGGACCUCAGCGACCACCACUCGGAGGACCCUGAACAGGACCCUCUGGGGGCUGACAAUGAGGAUGCCAAGGAGCUGCGGGACAUCCUGGAGAGCGCCACCCACCUGGAGGAGGAGGAAGAGGAGAACAACCAGAACACAAACCAGGAGAAUGAGACGAAGGAGGCUGCUGAGGAGAACCAGGACAUGCAACCAGAACCAGAGUCUCAACCGGAAACUUUCGAGGCUGAUACAAGCAUGGACAAGGAGGCACAAGAGGAGGAGGAUGAUGAUGAGGAGGAGGAGCAUCAGCAGGAGGAAGGAGAGGGAGAGGGUAAUGUAGGUACAGUAGAAGAGGAGGAAGAAGAAGAACAGAGUGCAGAAGAUGCUUUAAAUCAACUCAUAGAGGCAGGGGUUAGUGAGGCAGCAACUAAGGAGGGGAACACUGCUGGGGAGGAAGGGGAUGAAGAGGUAGGAGAGGAGGAGGAGGAGAUUGACGAGGAGCUUGAGAAACGGCUCCUCGGUGGGAACAUUGAGGAUGGGGAGGACGGGGAAAUGGAGGACUUGUAAAGAGGAAGCUUCUGAUGGUAUUCUGACUCUGGAAAUAAGAUCUGACGUGACUGAGAGGAAUGUAGGAGGCUCAUCGGAUCACUGUCUUUCACUUGUAAUGGAUCGUAUUAUGACAAUUACAGUGAACUAUUCAAUUAAGGGCAAUUAAAUAUUCUAAGUAAUGCAAUUUGUAAGGGCUCACAAGUAAUAUGAGAAUUAUGACAGCUAAUUGUUUGACUGGAAGCACUGAUUAUAAAUUUAUCAAAGCCAGAAUUGUAGUAUGGCAGUGGUAACUUCAGGAUAUUCAAAGAUCCACGCAAGCUCUGGCCUGGGCCCCUCGGCAGAACAAACAGCACCUGAGAGUACAAUGCAUGCAGGCUUAGGGGUUGACGCAAGUGACUGCUCAUGGUGCCGGAAGGUGUGGGUGACAACAGUGAACAUGACUUGACUCUCUUGUUUUGACUCACGUACAGAAGGUUUGUGUUGCCUCUGUCUUGUGUUGACCAUUUGACUUAAUUGGAAACUUUUAACCUUGACAGUCACAAUCGCAGUCUUAAGUUAUGUAAAUUCAUUAGGAUGCGCAGGGCAUUGUAUUUAUUUAUAUAUGGAACUUUUUCUAUGUGGAUUUUGUUUUGGUAAGUGAGGGAAGACUCUAUGGCUUGCUUGCUUGCUUGAGGUAUUUUAGAUACUUAGAUGAUACUGAAGCUGAAGAUCACCAGUACUGUUGUCUUCAUCUUUCUUACAAAUAUUGAUACUGAACUAAA